AUGGGGUGCAGGUGGGAUGGGAGGUUGGGGAUUGGGACAUUAGGGAUUGAGUGUUUUGGUUGAGGGGGAUUAGGAUUUUGAGGGGUAUUUUGGAGCAGAUUUGAUGUGUUUGUUGUAGUAGAGAAGCCUGAAGUUAAUGAUCAGAGGUUAAGUCUGAAGAAAGCUCUUUGUGAUAAGAUUAAAACGAUUGAUAAAAUUGCAAAAGGAAAGUUCAAGACGACUCGAAAUAAGACAUUGAAUUUAAUUGAAAAGACACUUGAAAGCCCUGCACUAGAAUGAUGUAACAAUAAAAUACCAAUUCAAGAAAUUCAACACGAAAAGUUGCCAUUAAAUCUUUCUCCAAGAGACCUAUCUAUCUUAAAAGAUUUUACUCCAGAUAAACCCCGCACACUAAAAUCUUCGAAAAAGGAUGCGCUCAAAUCCUAUUUCAAAUCUCUCAAAAAGUGCAUCAGAGCUCAAGAACAACUGAGUUGUCAGCUAGAAGACACUCUGGCCACGAACAAGCUCCAAAUGGGCCAUACCAAAAUCUCUGCUGAAGAGAACCAAGGACAGUCACUCAUCCCUGCAGAACUGCUCAACCCUCGCUUGCAGCGUAAUUUCAACAGCAAGAUAAAAUUCUGGUGCAAUGAAGAAAGAUUCAAUCUGCCUCUGAAUGUGAAGACUCAGGCUGACUUCUCCAAGUAUCAUUCUGUGGCUAACCAAAGAUUCAGCUAACCAAUUUCAAUUUUAA